UGUUUAAGUUAAAAAUAAAGUAUUCGGCUUUUACUGACUCUUAGGUUUUGGGGGACGGGCCCGCACAAGUCAUCUUGGGUGGUUUUUGUUUUUUUUUUGGUUUUGUUUUGUUUUGCGGGGGAUUCCCUCCCGUUUUGCUGCCUCGGCGUCCUGACUUCCAAGAGCAGGAUGUCAAGGUCCGGCUCCAAUGGGCAAGGUCUUUCCAGCAUCUGGCAAUCUCGGGUGCCGGGUGCCGGGGAGACUGGGGCACGGCCCCCCCUUCCCUCCAGGUGGAAAAGCCAAGAAGAAAGGAGGAUCCAGAAAAUCAGGGAGCUUAAGCACAUAAAGUAUUCACUGUGAAGAAAAUAGCAUUUUGAGACAUUUUUCUGUUGCAAGUGAUAGAGAAAAAACCAAUACAGAAGUGCACUCUCCUAUGCGUGUACCUCAUUGUACUGCUUUUGAUAUAUCAGCUUAGUAAUGAAGCCACCAUUAUGUCCUCAGUCAAUGAAGUAAAUGUUGAUAUCAGAGAUUUCCUAAUGAGCAUUAAUUUGGAGCAGUACCUCCUACACUUCCGCAAGUUUGGUUUUAAUACUGUGAAAGACUGUGCAGCAAUAAAUGAUGGUGUGCUACACAAAAUUGGAAUAUCACCUACAGGACACCGGAGGAGGAUACUGAAGCAGUUACAGAUAAUCUUGUCAAAAAUGCAAGAUAUCCCAAUAUAUGCAAAUAUCCAUAAAACAAAGAAGGACGAUGAGACUUCAGAGGAUCACCACGCUCCAUCCUCUGGCCAAAAUACCUCCAUAGAACUUUCAGAUACAGGUGGUGUCCAGGCACCUAGCCCGACGCACUGGGAGACUGUUAUCAAAAAUCUUGAUCGAAAUGACGUUAGUGUAGAAAAUAGCCAGUCUCUUAAAUCAGAUGAUAAGCUGUCUCUUCUUAAACACAACUUUCCCGUUCCAGAAGAAGAACCACACCUGAAUUUGAGUUCUUUUCAACACACUUUAUUUGGUAAUGAAAAUAUUAAAAUAGAAUCUCUGAAUACAGAGAAAACUACAGAUUGCACAAGUGAAGAACAACAAACCAUAAGAUUUGAUUUGCUCUCAGAAAAUGCGAGCAAGCAUCCUGAUGCAGAUCCUGAAUGCCUUUCCUCCCUUGGCUGUUCAGACUCGGAGGCAAAUUCUGGAAGUGGAACUAAUGGUUUAAUGGAAAGAUCACCACCAUCCCCAUUCUUUCAAUUUCAAGGAGAAAUGGUUGUAAAUGAUUUGUAUGUCCCGUCAUCUCCAAUCCUGGCACCAAUGAGAAGCCGUAGCAAGUUGGUUUCAAGACCAUCUCGAUCUUUUCUACUAAGACAUCGGCCUGUACCAGAGAUUCCCGCAUCAACAAAAGGCAUUUCAGGGAGCUAUUACCGUGAGAGAAGAAAUGUUGCUACCUCAACUGGAAAGUCUGUGACACAGGAAAAUUCAAAUGAGGAAAAUUCAUCUUCCAUUUUUCCUUAUGGAGAGACCUUUCUCUUCCAGAGACUAGAAAAUUCCAAGAAGAGGUCUAUAAGGAAUGAAUUUUGGACCGAUGAAGAAACACUCAAAGGGGAUACAAUUACUGAAAGAAACUCUUUUCUCAUCAAAUCAAGCAUAUAUGAUAACAAGAAGGAGAAUAUAAGUGAAGACAAAGUGGAAGAUAUUUGGAUACCUCGAGAAGACAAAACUAAUUUUCCAAGAGACUCAGCUUCAGAAUCAGAAUAUUCAACAGUAGAAGAAUGCUUUCAGAGUUUAAGAAGAAAAAACUCAAAGGCAUCUAAAGCUAGGACUCAGAAAGCAUUGACUGUGGACCCUGUCAAUAGGCACAGUUAUCCAUUAAGCUCAACAAGUGGAAAUGCUGAGUCCACAGUCGUUUCUUCAAAUGCAAUAUCUCCCUAUGCCUGUUUUUAUGGAUUCUCUGCAAGGAAAGUUAAAUCGGGAUGGCUAGACAAGCUCUCUCCUCAAGGAAAACGCAUGUUUCAGAAGAGAUGGGUGAAAUUUGAUGGCCUUAGCAUUUCUUAUUACAAUAAUGAGAAAGAGAAGUAUUCAAAAGGAAUAAUUCCCCUUUCUGCUAUAUCUACGGUACGAGUUCAAGGAGACAACAAAUUUGAAGUUGUUACAACACAAAGAACUUUUGUUUUUAGGGUAGAAAAAGAAGAGGAGAGAAAUGACUGGAUCAGCAUACUAUUAAAUGCACUGAAAUCACAAUCCCCUGCCUCGCAGUCUCAAGCAGCCCCUGCACCUGAGAAAUGUGGAUAUCUUGAAUUGAGAGGGUAUAAAGCCAAAAUUUUUACUGUGUUAAGUGGAAACAGCGUGUGGCUUUGCAAAAAUGAACAGGAUUUUAAAAGUGGACUUGGUAUUACCAUAAUUCCUAUGAAUGUAGCAAAUGUAAAGCAAGUGGACCGAACUGUAAAACAGUCUUUUGAAAUAAUCACCCCCUAUCGGAGUUUUAGCUUUACAGCCGAGUCUGAAAAAGAGAAACAAGAGUGGAUUGAAGCUGUGCAGCAAUCGAUAGCAGAAACUCUCUCUGAUUAUGAGGUAGCUGAGAAGAUUUGGUUCAAUGAGUCCAACAGGAGCUGUGCCGAUUGUAAAGCCCCGGAUCCUGACUGGGCAUCCAUCAAUCUCUGUGUUGUCAUCUGUAAGAAGUGUGCAGGACAACAUAGAUCUUUAGGACCAAAAGAUUCCAAGGUUAGAAGUCUAAAAAUGGAUGCCAGCAUUUGGAGCAAUGAACUCAUUGAGCUCUUCAUUGUCAUUGGAAACAAAAGAGCAAAUGACUUUUGGGCUGGUAAUCUUCAAAAAGAUGAAGAAUUACACAUGGACUCACCUGUAGAGAAGAGAAAAAACUUCAUCACUCAGAAGUACAAAGAAGGAAGAUUCAGAAAGACCCUAUUGGCAUCUCUCACCAAAGAAGAAUUAAACAAGGCUCUGUGUGCUGCUGUAGUGAAACCAGACGUUCUGGAAACAAUGGCUUUGCUGUUCAGUGGAGCAGAUGUCAUGUGUGCAACUGGAGACCCUGUGUAUAGCACCCCCUACCUGCUGGCCAAGAAGGCUGGCCAAAGUCUACAGAUGGAAUUUCUCUACCAUAACAAAUUCUCAGAUUUCCCUCAACAUGAUAUUCACUCUGAAAGUGGAUUAAGUCAGGAGUCCUCCCAAUCCACGUUCCUCUGUGACUUUUUGUAUCAGGCUCCUUCUGCUGCUUCUAAACUCUCUUCGGAGAAAAAACUGCUUGAAGAGACAAAUAAAAAGUGGUGUGUUUUGGAAGGAGGGUUCUUGAGUUACUAUGAAAAUGAUAAGUCUACCACGCCUAAUGGCACCAUUAACAUCAGUGAAGUUAUCUGCCUGGCUGUACACAAAGAAGACUUCUAUUUAAAUACGGGGCCCAUCUUUACCUUUGAGAUCUAUUUACCCUCAGAACGUGCAUUUUUAUUUGGAGCUGAAACAUCUCAAGCUCAAAGAAAAUGGACAGAGGCAAUAGCCAAGCAUUUUGUUCCCUUUGUUGCUGAAAACUUAACAGAAGCUGAUUAUGAUUUGAUUGGUCAACUCUACUACAAAGACUGCCAUGCCCUGGAUCAGUGGAGAAAAGGCUGGUUUUCUAUGGAAAAAUCUAGUUUGCGUUUUUGUCUCCAAAUGCAAGAAGUUCAGGAAGAUAGAAUGCACUUAAGAAGACUGCAAGAACUAACAAUCAGCACAGUGGUUCAAAAUGGGGAAAAAAUGGAUGUCUUGCUCUUGGUAGAAAAAGGGAGAACAUUAUACAUCCAUGGACAUACCAAGUUGGAUUUCACAGUCUGGCAUACUGCAAUUGAAAAAGCAGCAGGUACAGAUGGUAAUGCAUUACAGGAUCAGCAGCUCAGCAAAAAUGACGUUCCCAUUAUUGUGAACAGCUGUAUAGCAUUUGUUACACAGUAUGGUUUAGGGUGCAAAUAUAUCUAUCAAAAGAAUGGUGAUCCUUUGCACAUAAGUGAACUCCUGGAGAGUUUCAAAAAGGAUGCAAGAAGCUUUAAAUUGAGAGCUGGAAAGCAUCAGCUUGAAGAUGUGACAGGGGUGUUGAAAAAUUUCCUCUCUGACAUUGACGAUGCACUUCUUACUAAGGAGCUCUAUCCAUAUUGGAUCUCUGCUUUAGAUACUCAGGAAGACAAGGAAAGAAUUAAAAAGUAUGGAGCAUUUAUACGUACUCUUCCAGGGGUCAACCGAGCAACAUUGGCAGCUGUAAUUGAACACCUGUACAGGGUUCAGAAGUGCUCAGAAAUCAAUCAUAUGAAUGCGCAUAAUUUGGCCUUGGUCUUUUCAUCCUGUUUGUUUCAAACUAAGGGACAAACUAGUGAAGAAGUGAAUGUAAUCGAGGACUUAAUUAACAAUUAUGUUGAGAUAUUUGAGGUUAAAGAAGACCAAGUCAAACAAAUGGACAUAGAAAAUAGCUUUAUUACCAAGUGGAAAGACACUCAAGUUUCCCAGGCUGGAGAUUUAUUAAUUGAAGUCUAUGUUGAAAGGAAGGAACCUGACUGCAGUAUUAUAAUUCGGAUAUCUCCAGUGAUGGAAGCAGAGGAAUUAACUAAUGAUAUAUUAGCAAUAAAAAAUAUAAUUCCUACGAAAGGCGAUAUCUGGGCCACAUUUGAAGUCAUUGAAAAUGAAGAGCUAGAACGCCCCCUUCACUAUACAGAAAAUGUGUUGGAACAGGUUCUUCGGUGGAGUUCAUUAGCUGAACCUGGCUCUGCAUAUCUUGUGGUGAAGAGAUUCUUAACCAUUGACACAAUUAAACACUAUAAUGAGAGGAGAACCCUGGAAAGUAUCAAAGAAGGAGUCUUAAAGAUUAAAGAAGAACCAUCUAAAAUACUGUCUGGAAAUAAGUUUCAAGAUCGGUAUUUCGUUUUACGAGAUGGGUAUCUCUUUCUCUACAAGGAUUCAAAGAGUAGUAAAUAUGACAAAAUGUUUUCUCUUGCUUCAAUGAAGUUUUAUCUUGGAGUGAAAAAGAAAAUGAAGCCUCCAACAAGUUGGGGAUUGACAGCGUAUUCUGAAAAACAUCACUGGCACAUUUGUUGUGAUAGUCUACAAACUCAGAUGGAGUGGAUGGCCAAUGUCUUCAUUGCCCAGCAUGAAAAUGAUAUAUGGCCACCAGCUGGAAAGGAACGGAAACGUUCUAUAACCAAAAAUCCCAAAAUUGGAGGUUUGCCUCUAAUUCCCAUCCAGCAUGAGAGAAGUGCAACCCUAGCCCGGAGAAAUAUUGAGAGUGCGAGGGCAGAACUGGAAAGACUGCAGCUCAGUGAAAAGCGGGAUCAGGAGUUGGGGGAUAGCAGCAUCAAGGAGAGAGCCUCCAUGGUGGCCCACUGCCUGGAGCACAAGGACGAGAAACUUCGAACUCGAACCAGAAAACACCGGAGUUUCAACUGUCUGGAGGACACAGAGGCAGAGGUCCUUCCCGGGCCACAGAAAAGCCAUAAAGGCCUCAAGACAUUGAGGAAGACGGAGGACAGGAAUGGCAGGGCUGCUUUGGACUCUGAUAGUAAGUUACCAUCGAGGGUGAUUGAAGAACUCAGCGUGGUGCUGCAGCGGACGAGAACCUUCCCGAAAGACUCACAGGGUGAGCAGAUCUUGCCGAAGGAGAUUAAUUAGUUUUGCAAUUUUUUUUAAAAAAAUAUUGUGUACAGUAUGUAUGUGCAAACCAGAAACCAAACAGUAAAAUUCAUGGUGUGUGAGAUUUGUCUGGCUAUACAUAAGCAUUUAAAUAGCAUUUUAAAAAUCUCUGUGUACAUAAUGUGAUAAGUAGAAGAUGACGCUUUUUUUUAGGUCUGAACAAAGCUUGUACAGUUCCACUGUAUUGACCAUGUUUAAGAAGGCAUUGGGUUACUUUGACUCAGCCAGACUUUUGCAGCAGUUGCCUGUUGAAUGGUGUAAUUUAUGAGCAGAAAUCUCAAACUGUACUGUACUGUACUGUAUAAAAUGCUUUGUUUAAAUGAAGCCUACGAACCUGUAUGUAACACGUUUUGCACUUUGAGAAACCUCGUAUAUUCAGUUACCAUACGUUUUUAGGUUUACAUAGGGUCCAUCUUACGGAAAAGAAAGGGAAGCGGAAAGGAGAAGGAUCAUUUUAGUGGCUGCCUAUCAACCAUUGGGGUUUUAAAAAGGGGCAAGGAAACGAAGGGGGUCAGUGAAGUCCUGAUCCGCAGUGAACGAGGAGGACUCCUAUUAAUAAGGAACUGCUUGUUAAGAGAAAAGCCUAGUGACUGUGUCCCAAGACAACAUUCAACCAACAAACACCAGUGAUGACGGCACAGGCCACGCUCACUUGCCGUGUUACUGACCGGGCCACAGAACACACUCACUACACUCGGUUCUGCGGAGGUGGCUGCCGACAAGGAGCGUCCGCUGCACUGAAGACCGUGUGUAUGCACAGGACCUGCCAUGACGCCGUUCGCACUGUCACUAUAGACGUUUUGUUUUCGUACAAACUCACUGUCACAGGGUUUUGUUAUUGUUUUGUUUGAUGCUUUUGUUAUAUUUUUAUUUUGUAUUUCAUUUCUUAAGUCAGGUGGUAAUGUGUUUCUCUGCAAGGUCAGAAUUAACUGGAAAUGUACAACAUAUGGCCAUUUUAGUCGAGUCUCUUUAUUUAAAAAAAAAGUAGUCUCCUCCUUGUGCUUAAUAAAUAAUAACAAAGCCCUCUCUUAACUGCUUCCACAUCAAAGUCAGCCACUGAGUUAGUGAUCUUCCUCCGACAAAUACUGUCUAAUUACAGUUCAUGUUAGGGACAGCGCUUUUCACUGGUUAAAGAAUUUUAUUAGGUCUAAUGAGUUUUGAUUAAAAUUACAUAGCUAAGCUCUAUUUCGACCACUUAUUUUCCCCCAGUUUUCAGGUUUCUUCUUCAAGAUCUAUUAAGCAAAGGCCCAUACUUUGGUCAGUCCAUCAUAGUAUAGUAAUAUACCCUCAAAUGCUCUAAAUUUCUUCAUUGUAAAAUACCGAUUACUUCUAUUUGGUGGUGAUAUUAUAGUUUACUACCAUGGGUGUGUGAUAUUUAUUCUUUAAAAAAAAUUCCAAUCGAUUUGGAUUUAAAGAAACUGCAGGUCAGUUUAUAAAACAAGUAGCACUGCUGAGGACGCUUCAUUUAAAGCAAAAAUUAUGGUAUUUAGGAAAAAAAAUCUUAAGCUAUUUUUCCUAAUAAGUGAUAAUAUUUAUGAAGUAAGUAGGCAAUGACAAUGUUUGACACCAGAAAAGUAUCUGGAGGUUUUUUUUUUUUUACCUGCGUUGUCUGAAUAUUUUUGAAAUUGGAGCUUAAAAUCUGGUAGUUGUUCCCCUUUCUUUUUCAUGAGUAAAAUAAGGGCUAAUGAUGACGUCUCAUACUUUGAAUAAAUUGUCUUACAAGUCCAUUUGAACGUGAUUGUUAUUUCAAAAUAAUCUUUAACUUCUGAAAAUAAAUUGAAUCUUCUUUCUUUUUCCUUUUUAUUUUUUUGAGAAGACUUUUUAAAAAUUUUUUAAAUAAUAAAUUUAUUUUUUAUUGGUGUUUAAUUUACCAACAUACAAAAUAACACCCAGUGCUCAUCCCAUCAAGUGCCCCCCUCAGUGCCCACCACCCAGUCACCUCCACCCAGCGCCCUCCUCCCCUUCCACCACCCCUAGUUCCUUUCCCAGAGUUAGGAGUCUUCCAUGUUCUGUCUCCCUUUCUGAUAUUUCCUACCCAUUUCUUCUCCCUUUUUAAACAUUUGAAUAUAUACUUCAAAGAAAAGCUAUAUCAUACUGUCCAAACAGGUCACCAUGAAUAUUACUCUAUUUUAAAUGAUGAAUAUAUACGGAGAUAGGACACAAACAUAUGGAUGGUACUCUUUCAUUUCUGUAGCCCUAAAGUUAAUUACUAGACAUGGUUUUUAAGUAUUUGACUUCUAAACAAAUCAUUAAUUGAUGAUUUAUCAAAGUGACACUGAAAAUUCAAAACUAAGCAAAAGUAAUUGAAGCAAAAUAUGACUUGUGUAUAUAACUAUAAUAGCUGCCAAUAUGCAUUAUUCAGAUGGCAAUUUAUAAUUCUAAAAUACACAAACUAUUGAAAAAGGAAGUAUUUUUGAAAAUGUAUCGAAUUUAUUUGAAGCAACUGUAGUAUUCACAUAUUUUCAUGUUAUCUCAAACUUUUGAAAAUCAUUGUGGGGAAAAGAUGAAAACUUUUACCAUCUUAUCAAAAUUUGCACCGAGACUUUCAUAAUUAUCAUUCUCUCAACAAAAGAAUUCUGUUUAUAAUGUGAACAGUUGUCUGUCAUGUGUACAAUCAUGUUUAAUCAUCUGGAAAUGCAAAGCACAGAAAUGAAUAUUAAGUUACUAAAAUUAACCUGUUUUUUUAUCAGUUAUUAUUUUGAACAAUUUUUUAUUGCAAAUGUGCUAGGUUAUAAUGUACAUUCCUGCCUUCUCUGCCAUGGCUACCAUAUGAAUGUCAACUUAGUAACAUAGCUCUAUAGACUUAAGACCUUUUAUGAAUUAUGGACUCAUGUACAGAAUCUAAAUGUCCUCAUCUGAGAAGUGGGAAUAACACCUAUCUUGUAGACAUCUUGUGAUGACUAAUUGUAUAUAUAUAUUUAUAUAUGUGUUUGUGUAUAUAUACAUAAACACACACAUCUAUCUCUUAGAGUUUUAAUAAAUGUUGCUUAUUAAUGUA